GUCCGCGGUGAUUUUUUUUAAACAGGCCAAUGAACGGCGGCGGCUGGAUGCUUUUGCUCGAACAGCCCAAUCAGGACGCUUUGUUGCAGGAAUUUAAAGGUCUGUGCGGCACACUCUGUACACCACAAACUGUGAACGACAGCGAGGAAUAAAACCACAACCUGAUUUUUAACUGCUUCCGAGCUUCCACUCACUUGGAAAAAAAUGUCUGAGAACGUCGCACGUCUGAACAAGUUCAAGAACAAAGGCAAAGACGCCAAUGAACUCCGACGCAGGAGGGUGGAGGUGAACGUCGAGCUCCGCAAGGCGAAGAAAGAUGAUCAGAUUUUCAAAAGGAGAAAUGUGUCUGCAUUUCCUGAUGAGGCCACUUCUCCUCUCCAGGAAAGAAGCCAAAACUGCCUGGCUGCACGACAGUGGACAGUUGAAGAGAUCCUCACAGGAGUGAACAGCGGUAAUGCAGAGUCCCAGCUCCAGGCUACACAGGCUGCACGGAAGCUGCUGUCUUGUGACAAGCACCCACCCAUUGACCAGAUGAUCAGUGCCGGCCUGAUCCCCAAGUUCGUCGCCUUCCUGGGGCUGAUCGACUGUCCUCCGAUCCAGUUUGAGGCCUCCUGGGCUCUGACCAACAUUGCCUCUGGGACGGCUGAUCAGACGGCUGCUGUUGUUGAGGGUGGGGCCAUUCCUGCCUUCAUCGCCCUGGUCACAUCCCCCCACCAGCACAUCAGCGAGCAGGCAGUCUGGGCCCUUGGAAACAUUGCUGGUGAUGGGUCAGCUCUUAGAGACAGGGUCAUCAAGCAUGGAGCUGUGGCCCCUCUACUCAGUCUGCUGGCAGUCCCUGAUCUGUCUGUAUUUAAUACCAGUUACCUCAGAAAUGUUACCUGGACACUGUCAAACCUCUGCCGCAACAAGAACCCCUCUCCUCCCAUGGCUACCGUCCAACAGAUCUUGCCCACUCUGAUUCGUCUGCUGCACUAUGAAGACCCUGAGGUGUUGGCUGACACCUGUUGGGCUAUUUCUUACUUGACAGACGGCGCCAAUGACCGCAUCGAGGUGGUCGUCCAGACUGGCGUAAUCAGUCGCCUGGUGAAGCUUCUGGGCUAUGAUGAGCUGCCUAUCGUUACCCCUGCGCUGCGUGCCAUCGGCAACAUUGUGACUGGUACAGAUGAGCAGACUCAGGCAGUGCUGAAUGCCGGGGCCUUGAACAUGUUCCCCCAGCUGCUGCGCCACAAAAAAGCCAACAUCCAGAAAGAGGCGGCCUGGACUCUGUCCAACAUCACUGCAGGGAAGGACACGCAAAUCCAGGAGGUUAUCAACGCAGGCCUUGUUCAUUACAUGGUCGAUAUGCUUGUGCGGGGUGACUACAAAACUCAGAAGGAAGCUGUCUGGGCUGUAACAAACUUCACCAGCGGGGGCACUAUUCAGCAGGUGGUUUACCUUGUUCAAGCCAAUGUUCUUGAGCCUCUUCUGAAUCUGCUCUCCUCGAAAGACAGCAAAACCGUCCUCGUCAUCUUGGACGCCAUUACCAACAUCUUUAUGGCUGGGGAUAAAAUCGGAGAGGCAGACAAGCUGAGUCUGAUGGUUGAAGAAUGCGGUGGACUGGACAAGAUCGAGGCUCUGCAGGCUCAUGAGAACGAGCUGGUCUACAAAGCAGCACUCAACCUGAUUGAGAAAUACUUCUCUGAAGAAGAUGAGGAGGUGCAGUGUGUGGCCCCAGAGGCGACCGAUGAUGGUUUUGCGUUCCAAGUCAGCGACCACCAGAGCUCUUUCAAUUUCUAGAGAACUUUCUAAUGCCUUUCCUCUCAACUAUACUGUACCCUCAUAACUGCUGUUUGUCCUUUGUUCAUGUGAUUGUGAGUUCUGUUCUUUGUAUGUAUUGUACAUACUGUUUUAACAUAAAGUAAACAUUGUAAAUAAAGUCGUUAUUCAUGCUUUG